GCAGCUAAAUCAAAGUGAGGAACAUAGUGUGUCAGGACAGUGUGCCUUUCACUGUGGGGAGAGAUCAAUGGAAAUGUCUGAUUUGAUUUCAGGAGCAAACCAUUAAGGAACUUGGGUCCCCAGUUUGAUUUUAUUUAGGGAGCUUUCAAAAAUUCAGUUGAGCGACACCAGUUGGGAGAAACAUCGGAUGCAAUAAAAUAUUGGAAGGAGACUGGCUCUUUACUUACAAAAUUUAAUUUCACUGAAGUGCAUUGAACAUAUUGGAUUUCUGACUCUAACGAUGAAGGAUAAGGCCAUUGCACUUAUAUUGGUUUUAUUCCUGACUUUUACCUGUAUAUCGUCAAAGAAGAAUAGAAAGAAUAAGCAACAUGUACCUCACAUUGAUUGUGACAUCAAGGCAGGGAAGAUAGUGGACCCAGAAUUCCUUGCAAAAUGUCCUCCUGGAUGUGAUGGUGGAAAACACCGUGUUUAUGGCACAGACAUUUACGCAUCGUUUUCAAGUAUAUGUUCAGCUGCCAUUCACAGUGGUAUAAUCGAUAAUAAUGGAGGAAAAAUCCUUGUUCGGAAAGUUGCUGGCCAAUCUGGCUACAAGGGGAGUUUCUCUAAUGGGAUUCGAUCUCUGUCUCUUCCACGCUGGAAAGAAUCCUUUGUUGUUGCAGAAGGCAAAGGAAAAAAAGGUGUUACAUAUCCUUCAGUCCUCGAAUAUGUGGAGGUCAAAAUAGAAACAGUACAGAGAAUCACACAGCCUCCUCCAACAACUCAACCUACAACUAUACCUACCACCACAACUCCAGAACCCACAACUCCAGAGCCCACCACAACAGCAAGACCCACAACCAUCCCAGUUGUUACAACAACUACAGCGAGGACUCGUCCCCCAAUUCUACGACCCAGAGACACAGGAUCAAGUGGCAUUCAUCCAGCAUACAGAUCUAUUGUUGCAGCAGCUUCAAGACAAGUCCAAGCAGCACAGGGAGGAAGAGGACAGAACCAAGCUUACAGGUCUCCAUCAACUUACCCAACCAACCGGCAAGCACCCAGGGUUAAUGCAGCUGUUCCACGUCAAGAUCCUUCCGUGUCCUUGCGAAAACCUAUAGGAAAUCUACAGCCAUCUAGUGGUCAAGCUUACAGCAGAGUACAACAGAUUUUAGCUGAAAAGGGUGUAUCUGCCCAAACAAAUCAAAAUUUCCCAAGACGUGAUUGGCAAAAUCCUAGUCAACGAGUAAAUGUACAAACAGUGCAACGCAGACCUACAGCUCCAGAGACUAUCAAUGUGGCUCCCCCUGUCGCACCCAGCUGGCCUGAAGAAAGACGAGAAACACAAGUUUCCAACUCCAGGUCUAGCCUGUCCGAAGUUGACAGGUGGGUCUCCGGCUUUUCUCAAAGCAAUCCCAAGACCAGUGAAUUUGACACAGUUUCGAAGGUGAUUCCAGCAACACCUGAACCAGUUGUUAAAGAAGUGGAACCAAGUUUGUGGAAAGGAUUUUCUGAAACAGCUGUCAUUUCAAAAGAAGAUUUCAACUUAAGACCAGUAGAAACAGUAGCUUUGGGAGGAAUAAAUUGCAAGAUAGAUCUGGUUUUCCUCAUGGAUGGCAGCUGGAGUAUUGGCAAACGUCGGUUCCGGAUACAGAAGCUAUUCCUGAGCCAGAUGGCUGAUGCUCUUGAUGUUGGUCUUUCUGGGCCUCUCAUGGGAAUUGUUCAGUAUGGUGAUGAACCUACAACAGAAUUUAGUCUUCGAUCAUUCUUCAAUUCCAAGGACCUUAAGGCUGCUAUUGAUAAAAUUUCACAAAAAGGAGGAUUUUCAAAUGUUGGCAAGGCUCUUUCAUAUGUGAAUAAAAACUACUUUUUGGAUACCAGUGGGAACAGAGGGGGUGCGCCUAACGUGGCAGUUGUGUUAGUGGAUGGAUGGCCCACAGACAAAGUUGAAGAAGCAUCUCGUCUUGCUCGAGAAUCAGGAAUCAACAUUUUCUUUGUCACUAUUGAAGGAGCUGAUGAUAAUGAGAGAUCCAGUGUUGUUGAGCCUAACUUUGUAGAUAAGGCUGUUUGCAGAACAAAUGGACAUUAUUCCAUGAAUGUGCCUAGUUGGUUCGGCCUCCACAAGAUUGUCAACCCUUUGGUCAAACGUAUUUGUGAAACCGACAAACUGGUUUGCAGUAAGACCUGCCUCAAUGCAGCUGAUAUUGCCUUUGUCAUAGAUGGUUCCAGCAGUGUUGGAACAGGAAACUUUCGCACUGUGCUUCAGUUCAUUGCCAACAUCACCAGUGAAUUUGAGAUUUCAGACACUGACACUAGGAUUGGUGCUGUGCAGUAUACCUAUGAGCAAAGACUGGAGUUUGGAUUUGACAAGUACAGCACAAAACAAGAUCUUGUGAAUGCCAUCAUGAGAAUAGGAUACUGGAGUGGAGGGACAAGCACAGGAGCCGCCAUUACCUAUGCUUCUCAACAGCUGUUCAGCAAGUCAAAGCCAAACAAGAGGAAGAUCAUGAUUGUCAUCACAGAUGGACGAUCGUAUGAUGAUGUGCGUGUUCCAGCCACCACCGCCCAUCGAAAUGGGGUGAUUGCAUAUGCAGUUGGGAUUGCCUGGGCAGCCCACGAUGAGCUGGAAUCGAUUGCCACAGAUCCAGACAAGGAUCAUUCAUUUUUCGUGGAUGAAUUUGACAGUCUCUACAAGUUUGUUCCGAAGAUCAUCCAGAACAUUUGUACAGAGUACAACUCUCAGCCUCGAAACUAAACUGCGGGACAACAUUAGCAGUUUGAAACUGCUUGGAUUACAGCAUUUCUGGCAAUAAAGGCAUAAACUAUGUUGAAUUAAGUUAGAGGGAAGUCUGUUUCUAAGCACAGAUAUAUGCUUGUGACCUGAUCAUAUUUAGAACAGUGUUUGCUUUCAAAAGGUGUGCUGCAGCAUCCAGUUGCACUGAGUUUCUAAAGAACCUUGUGUAACGCACACAUAGUGUCUGAUAUAUUUGCGUGGCUUGAGAUGUUUGAUACUCACAGUAAAUUUCAGCCAAUCAUCUCAGUAUGGUAGUUGUGGCUCGGCACAAAAGUGUCAGCUUGUACCUGUUUUCUCUCUGUAUAUAGACAAACCUAAAGUGAAGCAUAGUGUACUAAUCAGUAAAGGGUCAAAAACGCUACCCCGACAGCAUUCCAGUAAAUUUCUACAAUGUAAAAAUAUAUCAAUUAGAAUUGCUAUAAUUGGUAAUUGGAGAUGGACAAAAUUUCAACCUAAAAAAAAAUGCAGCUUUUUUUUUUUUUUUUUUUUUUUAAUACUAGAGAAAUGUCCCUGUGAAUGACAAAAAUAUGAUUGACAGAGACUUUUUGCACACAUAAAAAAAUAUAUUUUAAACAAUUUAAUUUUGGAAUUUGAUUGUAAAAACUACGUAAUAAUAAUAAAUGUUUCUUUUUUUUUAUACGAGUGGAAACUAGAAUACUCUUUAAAGUUCUCUAAUUUGGAAAUGUAUUUUCCAACUUGACUAUUUUGGUCUAAAUUGUACAGAUUGGUUUUCAAGUGACCACCGUUCACAUACAGGGUUAUUUACUAAAAUUAGAAUUUAAAGUGAAUUUCCAAUUUAAGGCCAGAGUAGCCAAACAGAAAGCAUACCUAGCUAAGAGAAUUUUUCCAGUUUAACUAUUUUGACCAAAAAUUGAAAUUCACUUUUAAUUCUCACUUUACUAAAUAACCCUGUUGGAGAUAUACUGACCUAGAGACACCAAUCAGCGAAAAGACUGAAAAUAUAUAUAUUUUGUAAUGUUUGCAAAUAUACAUUCCAUAUUGUAUUUUAAAUAAAUAUAUAUAAAUGUAAGACAUAUUGUUUCCUAUCCAGUCUAGAAAUCAUUUGAACGUGUGAGAUCACUGUGAAAUUGUUUCAUUAAAGACAAUGAUUGAC